CGCUCAGGAAGGCCAGCUCACCUCUCCCACCUCGCACUGUACUGGCAGCACCGUACAAAUGGCCUCAAAACGUAACGUGGAGCCUCUGGAGCCUGUGAUCUUCGUCAAGCUGCCUCGGCUCGAGAAGGACCCCGGCGCCAGCUUCCCCACGGGCCACUGCAAACCGGGCUCCAAACCCCAUUUUGACUACAAGGGCUCCUACUUUGCCUGCGCGCUGCAGAGCCCCAAUGGCCCCAAGGCGCCCCACAUGCAACAGAGCCCGGCACCUCCCCACCUGCACUACGGCACCGGUGCCAGCAGCCAGCCCAUGCCGGUGGAGGGACCAGGCGAGUGCUGCCCCCCCAACCCACCCGAGAGUGUGGGACCUGGGCUUCAGCCCCCCCCCAUUGCUGAGAUGGGCAGGGACAGGCUGGUGCCGGAGCCGGUGGUGGCCAGGGAGAAGUGGGGCAGCGUGGGGCCAGGGAACCCCUUCCUGGUGAGGCACCCGGCAAUGGUGAAGAGGGCACCCACCCUGGCUGUCCCCAGGCCCAUGUACAGGGCUCCUGCAUACUUCAUGGACCUCAGGGUGGCUCAGUCGCUGCAGCAGAGACCAGGCAAUGCAGACUGGGCUCUGCCCGCUGCCAGCCACCCCUUCCACCGGGGGGAGCAAAGGAGGGGACCCCACGCUGACCCCAGCCUCCCACCGCUGCACCCCGGCAUGGUGCUGCCCGCCAGGGAGAAGGUGGGCUCCCCGGCUGCCUUCUCCCCCUACUAUGCUGCCUUUCAUCAGUACCGGAGCCCCCCCAAAUCCCCGUUCCUGGAUGACAGUCCCCCCAGCCAGAGGAAGGUGCCUGAGACGCACAGGCUGAGCCCGGAGCCCUGGCACAAGCUCUGUCCACCCGCCACCAGCACCGGGUACCAGGAGAGGCCACCCGAGUGUUAUCCGUCCCUCCAUAAAGCUCCCCUCCUCUUCCCCCCACCGGCACCCCACAUGGAGGCACAGCCCUGUGCCUACAGAGGCUUUGGCUUUGAGGGAAGCAGGGAGCCCUAUCCCGGCACUUACCUCAGGCCCCAAGCCCCAUGGAGAUUCUUCCCCACCCCGUCGGAUACCUACAUGCCAAGGGCAACCAGUGCAGUGGUGUUGCCCCCUUCCAAGCCAGCGGCGCUGCCGAGGGAUGCGAAGCCAUCGAGGCAAGAGGAGUACGUGCUGAGCUCCAGCUUUGCCUUCAGUCCCGGUGGCACGGCUGCAUCCAGCACCCCCAGAGCCCACAUGGAGCCGGGAUGUGAGCAGCACCAGGCAGAAGGUCCCCGUUGGCCAGGGGUGGUGAGGCACAGCAGUGCUUUCCAACCCGUCUGCGCCCAGGAGGCGCCUGGGGGCUCCGGUGGGAUCCCAGAGGCCUUUCCCAAAGGACAAAGGGGCUUAGGGAAGCAGGAGCCUGCUAACCCAGAGAGAAGAGCCAGCCCGGCCCCCCAGGAGACCCCCCGUGAGGGACCACCGGCUCUCAUCAUCAUAGAGAAAGGAGAUACUUGCAAGGUCAAGGAUGCAACCAAGGAUCUCAUCUCUCCUCCUCCACCUGCAUCCCUGCCAGAGGGGCCGGAAGACCCAAGGGGCAGCGAGGUUCCUCCUCCCUCCCCGCCCAUGCCAGUGAUCAAAAAAGUCUUCAGCCUGGCAUCCUAUGGAGACUUCCUGGAGGAGGCCGAGGCCUCGGACUCCUUCUGCAGGGAGCACCUGUGGGAGGACGCGGACCCACCAGACACGGUGCCCGCCGCGGCCGGCCAGGAGCUGGCCCAUGAAGGGGUGGUGCAGGGCCAAGGGGAGAGCGGGUGCAGGGGGGUCCCUGGAGAGCCAGAGCCUGAGCCCCAGGCCCUGGGCUCUGAGGAGGGGGCGCUGGACCUCAGCGUAAAGAAGAGAUGGGUGGAAGUCGGGGAGAGCAUCUGGGUGCUGGAUGGGGAAGAGGGGAAGGAGGAGGAAAAGGGUGAAGAGAGGGAGGCGGGAGGGCGAGCGGGAACCCAGCUCCAGAGGGACCCCUUGCUGGUCAGGGUCAUCUCUUGGGACAAGAGCAGCUUCCAGAGGUCGGCCUCCUUCCUGGUCCUGCGCUCCCCCUUAGCUGCACCCAGCACCCUUCCUGCUCCAUCCAGCACCAUUCCUGCUCCAUCCAGCACCAUUCCCGCUCCAUCCAGCACCAUUCCCACUCCAUCCAGCACCAUUCCCGCUCUAUCCAGCACCAUUUCCACUCUAUCCAGCACCAUUCCUGCUCCAUCCAGCACCAUUUCCACUCUAUCCAGCACCAUUCCUGCUCCAUCCAGCACCAUUUCCACUCUAUCCAGCACCAUUCCUGCUCCAUCCAGCACCAUUCCCGCUCCAUCCAGCACCAUUCCCACUCCAUCUAGAGCCAUUCCUGCUCUAUCCAGCACCAUUCCCACUCUAUCCAGCACCAUUCCUGCUCCAUCUAGAGCCAUUCCUGCUCUAUCCAGCACCAUUCCCACUCUAUCCAGCACCAUUCCUGCUCCAUCCAGAGCCAUUCCUGCUCUAUCCAGCACCAUUCCCGCUCCAUCCAGCACCAUUCCCGCUCCAUCCAGAGCCAUACCUGCUCCAUCCGACACCAUGCCUGGUCUAUCAGGCACCAUUCCUGCUCCAUCCAGCACCAUUCCAGCUCCGUCCAAAGCCAUUUCCACUCUAUCCAGCACCAUUUCUGCUCCAUCCAGCACCACUCCUGCUUUAUCCAGCACCAUUCCUGCUCCAUCCAGCACCGUGCCUGCUCCAUCCACCUCCAUUCCUGCUCCACCCAGCACCAUUUCUGCUCCAUCCAUCUCCACUCCUGCUGCAUCCAGAACCAUUCUUGCUCCAUCCUGUACCAUGCCUGCUCUAUCCAGUACCAUUCCUGCUCUAUCCAGCAUCAUUCCUUCUCCAUUCAGAACCACUCCUGCUCCAUCCACCACCAUUCCCACUCUAUCCAGAACCAUUCCUGCUCUAUUCAGUACCAUUCCUGCUCUAUCCAGCAUCAUUCCUGCUCUAUCCAGCACCACUCCUGCUCCAUCCAGCACCAUUCCUGCUCUACCCAGCAUCGUUCCCACUCUAUCCAGCACCAUUCCCGCUCUAUCCAGUGUCAUUCCUGCUCUACCCAGCACCAUUCCCGUUCUAUCCAGCACCAUUCCCGUUCUAUCCAGCACCAUUCCUGCUCUGUCCUGCCUCAUUCCCGCUCUAUCCAGCAGGAUUCCCACUCUCUCCAGCACCAUUCCCGCUGCACCUAGCAUCAUUCCUGCUCUAUCAAGCACGAUUCCUGCUCUUUCCAGUACCAUUCCCGCUCCAUCCAGCACCCUUCCCGCUCUACCCAGCACCCUUCCCGCUCCAUCCAGCACCACUCCUGCUCUACCCAGCUCCGUUCCCUCUCCGCCCGGCAGCCCGCAGUGCAGCCCAGCGCCCUGCAGCAGCUCCCCCCCUGCCUCCCCGCAGCCCGGCCCCCAGCCCAGCCCCUUGGCGCUGCCGGAGCCCCCCAGCUCGGCGCCGGGCGAGGAGCCGGGGCCGGUGCCCUCUGCCGAGCACUGCUUCACCGCCCUGCACACGGGGCUCUGCGACCUCCUCUCGUGCUCCGUGACCAGCUCCUCCCCGCAGCGCCUGCGGGAGUGGCUCCGGAAGGCGGAGCCGGCGGAGGAGCAGGGGGAGACGGCGCCCAAAUCCCCCCUGGAAGCCAAGAACGGCUCCAGGCUCCCCGAGCAUCACAGGGCCGCCAAGGGCAAGGAGGUCUGGUUGGCUUUCCAGGACGUGCCUGCCCUCCUCGCCAACCUGCUGUCCCAGCUGGAGUCCUUCAUGUUCGCUCCCUCGUGUCCUUUCCCACACGUGGUGCGGGCAGGGGCCGUCUUCAUCCCCAUCCACGUGGUGAAGGAGAAGCUCUUCCCCAAGCUCCCUGGCGUCUCCGUGGACCAAGUGCUGCAGGAGCACAAGGUGGAGCUGCGCCCCACCACGCUCUCGGAGGAGAGGCACUUGAGGGACCUGGAGCUGAAGAGCUGCACCUUGCGCAUGCUGAAGCUCCUGGCACUCAAGCAGCUCCCUGACAUCUACCCGGACCUGCUGAACCUCCACUGGCACAACUCCAUCAAGCAGCAGCUGGGUUCAAGCUCGACGGCUGGCAAGAAUCCCUCCAAGUAGUCCUGGCAUGGAGGUUCUGAUGGCAAAGUGAUAGCUAUGGAUAGCACAAAGAAAAAGGAGGCAUGAAGGAAUGUGCCCAUGGCAGGAGCCGAGCUGCCUGUGAUGCAGAUGCUGAGGAUGGGGACAGGUCCUCCCGGGAUGCUGAUGCCUGGAACAGGGAUGCUCCGGGGUGAUGCCCUGGCUGGUGUGGUACCCACAGGGAUGCGCUCAAGCCCCUCACAGCAGCUGGAGCUGCAUUUCUUUCCAUGCCUCAUCUUGUAGAGCAUCUCCCACCUCCAUCCAUGACCAGCCCGGCUGCAGCUGGAGAACCAGGAGGGAAUGAUUGGAGUUCCAAUGGAGCGGCUCCAAGGGGAGCAUGGCAGUGGCCACAGAAG